AUGAGCAAGAAGAACGUGAUGCGAAACAAUAUAAGGCUCAGUACUCGAGUCACCGGCCUGACACUUUUCCCUAACCCAUUUCAAGCAUCGUCCAGCCGCCUUGUUUCCUUGAUCGUAACCCGCAAUAGUCAUAAUAUUGUAAACAACAUCAAGAAAGUGAAAUGUCAGGUUCUUGUCAUACACGCAAGCAAAUUCUAUAUUUCAUUCUCAUGUCCAUAUUUUCAGUCCCGGCCGCUAUGGAAAAUGGCGAAGGAACCGUAUGAGCUGCUUUGGAUCAAAGGUGGUGGACAAUGCAACCUCGAGAUCUAUCCGGACUACAUUAGACAUCUCUACCCGUUUAUUCAGGACAUGGAGAAUACAACCACAAAGUCUCGUCUCAAGAAGAUUUGGCAAGAAAUCCCCAGACAAGACGAAUCCAAAGGAUGUUGCCCGUUGUGGUUGCGGAUGUUGUGGUUGCGGUUGUUGCAAGUGUUCUUGUCUUUCGUUGAAGGGAUGUUUCUCUUGCUGCAAGAAACUGAGAUGGGUUAG